AUGGCCGGCCUCAGAUUAGGCUGGGGCACCAUGCUGCUGGCCUUCGCCAUCCUGCUCGUCGUACUCCCCGACAAGGCGGCCGCGUUCGGCGCCGGCAACAUCCCCUCAAUUGCGCAGGUCGAAGGCCACAACUGGCGCCAUGGCGACAUCGAGGACACGAUCAAAACGCUGGCUUUUCUAUACGGCAAGAAGUGGUCCAGCAUGAUGAUCGCGCGUGUUUAUUUCGGCAACUGGCUGCGCGACUACUCCCAAGCCGUCGAUGUCGGCAGCUUGACCAAGGUCAACGCGGCAACCAUCCGCGUGCUGGUUUGGGUCUUGUCGUUCCUUGCUAACGGUUAUGCGACCGGCGAAUUCGAGGUCACUGAGGAGCGACUAGGCGUGUAUCGUCCCGAGGAGCACAUCGAUAACCCGCUGGGCUAUGCCGAUGGCCAGGACGCGCGCAAGUAUGACCCGCGCCUGCGCGCCCCCGUUGAUAAGCGCGAGUUGGAGAUCGAUCCUCGUACCGGCAUGAAGAACUACAUCGCCAACGAGUCUGGAGGAUGGGCGACCAGUGCUGGCUACCUUCGCUGGAGCUUCGCCCGCAGCAUCCACUUCGGACGUGUCUACACUAGCGGCGCCCAUGGUACUUCGGGCAGGGAGAGCGACCUCUGCGAGGCUCUGCGCUGCUUGGGCCAGGCUCUGCACUGCCUGGAGGACUUCCCUGCCCACAGCAACUACUGCGAGCUGGCCUUGAUCGAGCUGGGCUACCGUGACGUCUUCCCUCACGUCGGCAGAGAUACCAAGAUCAACCUGCGUGGCAAAAUGGUUUACCCCCUGGUUACUGGUACCUUUGGCGCUGUGGACUUCUUGCACUCUGUCCUUGGCGAGGCCAACGACCACUUCACACAAUCCGAGAUCGAUGAGAUGGACACCGCCCUUCGCAACGCCGAACAUUCGGGCGACGGCAGCUACUCGAGCCAGCGCGGCUUCUUUGGCUCGAGCUCGAACAGUGGCAACGACUUCAUCUCUCUCCUUUCCCAGAUGCCCACCGUCGGCAACGACUUCGCUGCCCAGGCCAGGAACCUGAGGGCAGCGGCCAGCGCUCAGGAGCAAGAAAACGCCCGUGUCAGCGGCAGCCCCGACGUCAACCCUACCUUUGACGCGGUCAAGAUCGCCGCGCAGAUCUACCCGAUCCUCGAGUUCCGCGACAAGAUCGUGCGCGCCAUCAGCAACACCAUCUCUAAAAUCCCCGGCCUGGAGAACCUUCUCGAAAGCAUCAGCGAGCGCCUGACCAUCUUUAUCCUCUCCCUCCUGGCCCCUUUCGUCCGCCCGCUCAUCAACCAGGCCUCUAAGCUCCUGAAGGAAGGCUCCUCGGGUUUGAUCGAGACUUCAGCCUCCUCGCAGUUCGAGCCUUGGAACAACCCUCGCUGUGACAACCCCACGCACAGCAUGCUCUCCAAGGACCACUUCACCAACAUCCUCAACUCGUGCGCGGGCCGCGUGGCCGCAACCAUCGUGGCCUACGUCGUCCCACGCGUCGUCUACGCCUGGGAGAACCCCGGCGUCCCCGUCGACGAAGUUGUCAACGACGUCCUUCGUGCCCUGCACCAUCCCGCCGCGCGCGACGAGCGUGUUGAGAUCCAGCGCGAGAUGUUCGAGACCGUUCGCAAGUGGACCCAAGAAACCCCCUAUCGCCACCAACUCAACCACUUGCUCUCGGCCGAAUCAGUCCGCAACCACAAGAACCACGUCCUCUCCAGCGAGAUGCAGCAGCUGCAACUCAGCGCGAGCACCAGUUCCCGCGGCGUUCCCGGCCACGGCGGCUGCGGUCACGGCCUCGAAGGCCAUGGCAAGCCCGCCAACUCCCUCUGGAACCAGCUCAAAAAGCAGGGCCAACUCUCCCUGCAGACGGAGAAUACCCGUCCCUCCUCUACAGGUACGCACGGUUCCGCCCACUCCCCUGUCUCCAUGACCGGCCACGCAGCGAGUUACUAUUCCUCGGCGACGACCUCCUCGCCUUCGCCGGCAUACUCUAGCGGGGCGGGGUAUGGAUCUCCGCAUCACGUUCAGAGCCCUACGGGGUAUGGACAUGGACAUGGACAGGCGGCCGGAUAUUACCAUCCGCAGACUUCGCCGCCGGCGGGGUAUUAUGGGCAACAGCAGCCGGCACCGUAUGGAGGGCAUCAUGGGUAUGGGCAAGCGCCGGCUUCGCCGCAUGGGUACUACCCGCCUGGGCCGGGGCAUCAUGGGGGGUAUCCGGGUUCGCCGCACCAUCAGGGGCCGCCUGGAGGAGGGUGGGGGUAUCCUAGGUAUUAA